AUGCCUGACAGCCCCUCCAGCUGCGCAGCACAGACUGAGCUGAGCCCUGCAGCAGCAACAGGAGAAGCAGGACAGCCUGCAGCAGUCAAUACUGUGCUGCUGGAGAAGGACUCAGUGAUGGCCCAGUGCCCAGGAGCAGCAGCAUUGGCCGUGCUGGACGAGAUGCUGGAAAUCACGGCCCAGAGCCUGGUGCGCACCGAGGUGGCUGAGCACUACCAGGUCAUCCGGGAGCUGGGCAGGGGCAAGUAUGGCCAUGUGGUGCUGGUGACACACAGGCAGAGAGGGACCCCCAUGGCUCUCAAGCUGCUGCCCAAAGCUCACACCAAGCUGCACACCUUCCUGUACGAGUACUGCGUGGCGCUCUCCCUCGCCACCCACCCUGCCAUUAUUGGCAUGUUUGGCAUUGCCAUUGAGUCCAGCCAGCACUACGGCUUUCUCUACGAGCCAGCACUGCACAGAGACCUCAUCUCCAUCAUCAAACCACGGGAUGGGAUCCCCGAGCCAGCUGCCAAGCAGUGUGCCAAGCAGCUGGUGAGUGCCCUGGAGUUCAUCCACAGCCGGGGGCUGGUGUAUCGAGACGUCAAGCCCGAGAACGUGCUGCUCUUCGACCCUGAGUGCCGGCGCAUCAAGCUGACCGACUUUGGGCUCACUCGGCCCAAGGGCACCCGGCUCAAGCUGGUGGCUGGGGUGAUCCCCUACACUGCUCCAGAGCUAAGCAACACCACCAGUGCCCAGGGCCUGCCCAUCGAUGCCAGCCUGGAUGCCUGGGCCUUUGGUGUGAUGCUCUUCUGCCUGCUGACCGGCUACUUCCCCUGGGAGCAAAGCCUGCCAGCUGACCCCUUCUUUGAGGGCUUCAUGCUGUGGCAGGAGUCAGGCCUGGAUGAGGACUUACCAUGCCAUUGGAGGCGCCUGACGGCUGAAGCCACUCGCAUGCUGCGGAGCCUGUUGGUCCUGGAUCCUGCCCAGCGUAGCCCUGUCAGCGGGGCCCUGCACUACGUCGACUGUCCCUGGAGAGUGGAGAACUGGCAUGGUGAGGAGCAGGCUGUGGGGUCCUAGAGAACCUCCUUUGGGGGAGUGGAGGCCAUCCCCUUGUGGGGCCUGUCUAUAGGAUGAUCAGUAUCUAAGGCCCUACAGCGUGCCUCCAGCAGGACAGGAAUACAUUGAAAGGGGCUGUCAAAAUAACAGCCAUGGCAAGAUCUGUUCCAAAGCACUGAGCUCCAGAUCCUGCCAAAUCCCACACAGGUGCCAGUUCCCACUGGGCACUGAUUCCCCAGCAGACACCAAUCCCCCUGGGUACAGAUCCACCCUGGCUGCUGAUUCCCCAAUUGGUGCCACUUCCCCCCGCCCACGUGUUGAUCCCCUCCAGGCACCAGUUCUCCCCCAGGCACUGAUUCAGCAAUGGAAGCCAAUC